AUGCGACCGAAGGAAAAGAACUGCCGCCGGAUCGAAAUGGAGCUCGCCGGGAGCGAAGCGAAGCGCCGAGCCAAGAGCGAGCAUGUCAACCCACCACCACAGGGGUGCCGACCCAUGAAGUAUCACUUGGUUAAAGUGAUGUAUUCAGAUUUCGGAGACACUAAAAAAGAGUUUGAUGUGGACAGUCUUAGCAAACCAGAACUGAGGAUGCUUCUGAGUGUUCUCGAAGGGGAGUUGGAAGCCCGAGAUCUUGUGAUUGAAGCUUUAAAGGCACGGAGGAAGGAGGUUUUUAUCCAGGAACGGUAUGGGAGAUUUCAUCUUAGUGACCCAUUUCUGGCUCUACAGCGAGACUAUGAGGCAGGUGCUGGUGAGAAAGACAAGAAGUCCAUCUGUACCAACCCACUGUCUGUCUUAGAGGCUGUUAUGGCUCACUGCAGAAAAAUGCAAGAAAGAAUGGCCGCUCAGCUGGUUGCUGCAGAAAACAGACAAAAGAAGUUGGAAAUGGAGAAAUCCCAGUUGCAGGCGCUUGAAAUGGAACAUAAGAAACUAUGUGCACGACUUGAGGAGGAGCGUGGCAAGAAUAAACAUGUUGUCUUGAUGCUGGUGAAAGAAUGUAAACAGUUGUCCAGCAAGAUAGUAGAGGAGGCUCAGAAACUGGAAGAUGUCAUGGCAAAAUUUGAGGAGGAAAAAAAGAAAGCCAGUGAACUGGAGGAAUCUCUUGCAGCUGAGAAGCAACGGAGCACACAAAUGGAAGCCCAGAUGGAAAAACAGUUUUCAGAGUUUGACACGGAAAGGGAGCAACUACAUGCCAGACUUAGCCGAGAGGAAGCACACACUAAUGAUCUCAAAGAAGAGAGGGAACGAAUGAGAAAAAUGAUUGAGCAGUUGAAAAAGGAAAAUAAUAGUAAGCUACACCUUUCCCUCCCGCGUAGGAGUAAAGAUAGAGGUUCUGCGUCUGUCUCUGUUGGGACAGAGGGGCCAGCUUUGAGGACACUUGCCUGCCAGACAGAUGCAGUAUUAUUAGAUGGUGGUAGUGAAAAUGUUAGGAAGUUGCCUUUGACUGUACCUGUAAAGCCUUCACUCUCUGGCCACACCAAGAUGAAUGCAGGAUUUGUGAAACCAGUCAUGGACAGGCAUUCUUCCUGUAGUGACCUGCUUCUGUCCCCUUCGACUCCUGUUCCAACUCCCAGUCAAAGCAGAAUUGAAGAGAAUGGACCAAGUACAUCACCAGACUUAACAAGUAUUUCUUCCCCCUUUCCAAAUAAUGUUGCAUCUUCUCCAGCACCUCAGAACUACUUGCAGGCUUCCUCUAUGCACUCUUUGCAUUCUCCAUCUGCUGCAACUACUGGACAUCAAGGUCUGAAUCCACGUGUCCAGGCAGCGAGGUUUAGAUUUCAAGCCAGCACUAAUGACCCAGACCAAAAUGGAAACACUGCCCAAAACCCUCCAUCAAGAGAUGUAUCACCCACAAAUCGAGACAACCUUGUUGCCAAGCAGCUAGCUCGGAAUACUGUCACCCAAGUCCUUUCAAGAUUUACAAGUCCUCAGGGCACUGCUACUGGACGGCCAGGAAUGUCCCAUUCAAUAGAUGCUGGAACUUACCCUCCCCCAGUUGGUAGAAUGGGGUUAAAGACUCCCAGUGUGUCAAGAAUUGACAGAGGAAACCCUCCACCCAUUCCUCCUAAAAAGCCAGGCCUUUCACAAACUCCUUCACCACCACACCCACAGCUUAAAGUAAUUAUGGAUAGUGGUCGAUCCCCUAAUAUAGGUGCCAAAACAGAGAGCAAAACCCUAGUCUCACCUCCUUCCAGUACACCUCAAGGAAUCAGGGUAAUAAAUGAGGAUGUUGUAUCUAAGUCCUCUCCUCAGCUGCCACCCAAACCAACCAUAGAUAUAUCUGUGGCAUCUGCAGGCUGUGCCAUACCAGCCAUGGCCACGUCUCAGGUGGGUGCCUGGCCUUCCCAAUUCCCUGGACUGAACCAACCUGCAUGUUCAGAAAGUUCCUUUGUCAUUCCCACCACCAUUGCCUGUAGCUCCUCCAUAAACCCUGUUAGUGCUUCAUCCUAUAGACCAUGUGAUUCAGACAGCCUACUGGUAACAGCAUCAGGCUGGUCUCCCUCCCUAACCCCUUUAUUAAUGAGCGGUGGUCCUGUCCCCCUGGGUGGCAGGCCCACCCUUCUUCACCAAGCUGCUGCCCAGGGAAAUGUCACUUUAUUGUCAAUGCUGCUUAAUGAAGAAGGUCUGGACAUUAAUGACUCCUGUGAAGAUGGCUAUUCUGCCUUGUAUUCUGCUGCUAUGAAUGGACAUACAGAUUGUGUAAGAUUGCUGCUGACUUCAGAAGCACAAGUUGAUCCUGUUGAUAAAAAUGGCUUUACGCCCUUGUGUUCAGCAGUUGCUCAGGGACACUGCAAAUGUGCAGAAUUAUUAGUCAUGUAUCAUGCCGACAUUAAUCAUGCUGCUGAAAGGGGAGAGACACCUCUGUACUUGGCCUGUGAAAAUGGAAAUGACGAAUGUGUCAAACUCUUGCUGGAGGCUGGAGCCAACAGAAGUGCAAAAACCUGCGAUGGCUGGACUCCAUUUCACGCAGCUGUGGAUGCCGGUCAUGUUGACUGUUUAAGACUUCUUAUGUACUACAGAAUGCCAGGAAGUGGAAACUUUGUGAAUAAAGCAGAUGCUGAUUCCUGCAUCUUCGACUUGGAGUGCGAAGAAGAGAGCCUGAGCCAUACUGCAAACCCAGUUGUUUCUGCGGAUCUCAUCAACCACGCUGACAAAGAAGGCUGGACUGCAGCCCAUAUAGCAGCAUCAAAAGGUUACAAGGUCCGUCUCCCUCAAAUGCUUUGUUUCAUGCAGCUUUGCUGUUGA